AGAUAACCGAGGACGUUAUCGGGAUUAUGUUAAUGAUUCUGUACAUUUUCGUCAAAUCAAAUUAGCUUCCCUCCUCGGAACAAUAAUAAGAUCUUCCCGGCAAGCGUGGAGAUUGGAAUCUCCCAAACCCAAAGCGCUUCGGAAUUUCAGCAUUUUGAAAAGCUAACGCAGUCAGCGGAAUAUCCGUCCAAAAUUGACAGAUACAGGGAGAGAAAUGGGCGCAGGGAAGAUCUGGAACGCCAUGGACGUAGCGGAGGGAGCUCGCAACAACGGAAGCUCGGAGAUUCGUUCGUCCCCGAUCACCGUCGACCACGCGCUUUCGCUUCCCGAAAUGAGCCCUAGAAUCAUAAAUCUCUGCAAGGAUCUUUUCAAGAAAUGGUUGAAGUUGGAUAAUUCACACUUCACUGUUACGACUAUUUCUGGAGGCAUCACGAAUCUUUUACUAAAGGUGUCAAUCAGGGAAGAAAAUGGAGACACGGUGAACAUGACCGUUAGACUAUAUGGCCCCAACACUGAAUACGUCAUCAAUCGGGGACGGGAAUUGCAGGCCAUUGGGUACCUCUCAGCUGCAGGAUUUGGUGCCAAGUUGCUUGGAGUUUUUGGAAAUGGCAUGGUGCAAUCAUUUAUAAAUGCACACACACUGACCCCACUUGACAUGAGAAAGCCCAAGCUGGCUGCAGAAAUUGCAAAGCAGCUCCAUAAGUUCCAUCAGGUGGAAAUUCCAGGCUCCAAAGAACCUCAGCUGUGGAAUGAUGCUUUCAAGUUCUUUCAAAAAGCAUCCACUCUUGCAUUUGAUGAUAGUGAGAAGCAGAAGAUAUAUGAAACAAUUUCAUUUGAAGAAGUUCAUACCGAACUUAUGAAGCUCAAGGAAUUGACGGUUCACUUUGAUGCUCCUGUGGUUUUUGCACACAAUGACUUGCUUUCUGGAAAUAUUAUGUUUAAUGAUGAAGAAGAUAAACUCUAUUUAAUUGAUUUUGAGUAUGGAUCAUACAAUUACAGAGGUUUUGAUAUUGGAAAUCACUUCAACGAAUAUGCUGGCUAUGAUUGUGACUAUAGCUUAUAUCCAAGUAAAGAUGAGCAGCAUCAUUUCUUCAGGCAUUAUUUAGAACCUGAAAAACCUUAUGCGGUGUCUGACAAAGAUAUCGAGGCGCUCUACGUUGAGACAAACAGUUACAGGUUAGCUUCACACUUGUAUUGGGCAUUGUGGGCUCUCAUCCAGGCCAAGAUGUCUCCAAUAGAUUUUGAUUAUCUCAGCUACUUCUUCCUGCGAUACAACGAAUAUAAGAAGCAGAAGGAGUCCUGCUUCUCACUGGCGCAGUCUUACCUGUCGGGAUCUGGGACCCGUUGAAAUGACAUGGUAUACAUGAAACUAGCAUUCGCUGUAUCCAGUACAGUUAUAGGCAGACAUGCAGCUUCUUUGGUUGUAAAAAUUCUUUGUAGCCUUGUAGAAGGAAGAAGCAAAAACAGAUUUGAAGCAAUAAUAGGGGCCUCCGGUUGUAGUACCGCAUUCUGUUGUAGCUCUGAGGCUUGUAUUCAAUAAAUAGCAAAUUUGCAACAUUGUAUUCCUUCUUGUUCUGUAACAUUCAUUUUCCACUAAAAAUUUGGUAAAAUUUGUAGACCCGACAUGGGAUAUAAUGGUGUACUACAGAAGAUGUGGUUUUGAAUACAAAAGAAAGAUUGGUAAGUUAAAAUUUGAUCA